CGGUCCUUUAUUUACUGUACGCCGAUUGGUCCAAAAGCCGUCGGAAGAUCGCCUCGGAAUUUGUAAUGAAUGACACCAUGAAAUAGUCAGCUAGGCAAAACGAGGUAAAUACAUUCUAAUUCGGCAGUUGUUCACAAUUUUAUAAAUGGAUCCGAACAGGAUGAGUGAGUUGUACAGGCGCGCCCGCGUGUGCUUCUAAAGCGCAGAGCGUGAGACCAACCCAAAAUAUACUGUGGCUCUGAGGAAUGGGUGCCGGGGACCAGCAGACAGAGCCAGCGGGAAGCGCUCUUUUCACCUGGGAAGAGGUGCAGAAACACUGCAGCAGAAAUGACCAGUGGUUGGUGAUCAAUCGGAAGGUGUACUGCGUCACCGAGUGGGCCAAGAGGCAUCCUGGAGGCUUUCGGGUCAUCCGGCAUUAUGCUGGAGAGGAUGCCACGGAAGCGUUUACUGCUUUUCAUCCUGACAAGAAGUAUGUGCAACGCUUUUUAAAGCCCUUGCUGAUUGGAGAGCUGGCGGAAACAGAACCUAGCCAAGACAGAGAGAAAAAUGUUGCAGUCAUCCAGGACUUCCGGGCUUUACAUGCAUAUGCAGAGCAAAAGGGUCUGUUUCGGGCCCACUCUUUGUUCUUCUUAGCCCAUUUGGCUCACAUCCUGCUGAUGGAGCUCCUAGCCUGGUUGCUCAUACGUCUCGGGGGGACCGGCUGGAUCCCGACGGCGCUCUGUUCCAUCUUAAUGGCAACUGCACAGAUCCAGGCUGGAUGGCUGCAGCAUGAUUUUGGUCAUCUGUCUGUCUUCAAGAAAUCCUCAUGGAAUCAUCUUACGCAACAAUUUCUCAUUGGGCACUUGAAGGGAGGUUCUGCUAACUGGUGGAAUCAUCGACACUUUCAGCAUCACGCUAAACCCAACGUCUUUAGUAAAGACCCCGACGUCAACAUGCUGAAGAUAUUUGUUGUCGGAGCCACUCAGCCUGUAGAGUAUGGCACCAAAAAGAUCAAACUUCUGCCCUACAACCAUCAGCACCACUACUUCUUCCUGGUUGGACCUCCACUGCUAAUUCCAAUUUAUUUCCAACUUCAAAUCAUGCGUGUGAUGAUCUCACGGUGUGACUGGGUGGAUAUGGUCUGGUGCUUUUCUUACUACCUUCGCUACUUCAGUUGUUAUGUUCCACUUUAUGGUCUCCUGGGCUCAGUGGCGCUCAUCAUGUUUGUCAGGUUUCUAGAGAGCCACUGGUUCGUGUGGGUGACUCAGAUGAAUCACCUCCCCAUGGACAUUGACCACGAGAAGCAUCAAGACUGGCUCAGCUUGCAGCUACAAGCCACCUGCAACAUUGAGACGUCCCCCUUCAACGACUGGUUCAGUGGGCAUCUCAAUUUCCAGAUAGAACAUCAUCUUUUCCCAACCAUGCCGCGUCACAACUACCACCGGGUGGCGCCACUGGUGCGCGCCCUGUGUGAGAAACAUAAAAUUUCUUACCAAGUGAAAACAAUGGGGGAAGGUCUGGUUGAUGUCUUCAGUUCACUGAAGACUUCAGGGAGUCUGUGGCUUGAUGCAUAUCUUCAUAAAUGAUCAUUUUCAUACAUUAGCUUUUUUUUUUGUCUGGGAUUGUAUUGUAUUUGAUUCUGUACUAUAAAAUGGAGUGUCUACCCUGA